UUGCCGCCACCUUUCACGCCCUGAUCUCAGGAAAAUCAAAUGGCUUCUGAGGAUUUCUGCUUACCUGGAGAUGGGAUGGAAGAACUCAAACAAGUCUGCAGUAAACAGCUUCCUCCUUGCAACCUGAGUGAGGAGGACCUGCUGCGGAACCCGCACUUCAGCAGGCUGCUGCUGAGACUCUCCCAGCAGGUGGAUGAAAGUGGGCUGAGCCUCACCCUGGCACAGGAACAGGCUCAGGCUUGGAAAGACGUUCGACUGCAUAAGACCACGUGGUUGAGGUCCGAGAUCCUGCAGAGAGUCAUCCAGGAGCUGCUUGUGGACUACUAUGUGAAGACACAAGACACAAAUCUAACUUCCGAGGACAAAAAGUUUCAUGAGACCCUGGAACAGCGGUUAUUGGUGACUGAACUGACCCAGCUCUUGGGUCCCAGGCAGGAGAAGGAGGCGCCUUCAUUGCUAGGGCUGGAGAAAGCAGACCUGCUGGAGCUCAUGCCACCUGCAGAGGACUUUCUGUGGAUGAGAAGUCGGCUCCCGCUGGAAGUGGAGCAGCAGCUCAAGAGGAAGUGCUUCACACUGCUCUGCUACCACGACCCCAGUGCCGAUUCAGACAGCGAAACCCUGAAGGCUGCGAAGAUGUGGAAACUGGCAGAGGCGCUGGUCAGUGAGAAGCAGCAGUGCCUGGACACCAAGAGCCAGCAGCAGGAGCGCGCAGUGCUCCUGGCGAAGCAGAGCGCCACCUACUCCCAGGUGCUUCUCCGGUGCCUUGCCUUGCUCCAGAGGCUUCUUCAGGAGCACCGGCUGAAGACUCAGUCAGAGCUGGACCGUAUCAGUGCCCAGUACCUGGAGAUCAAGUGCAGCGCCAUGGUCCUUAAGCUGAGGAUGGAGGAGCUAAAGAUUUUGUCUGAUACUUACACUGCUGAGAAAGUGGAAGUUCAUCGUCUGAUUCGGGAUCGUUUGGAGGGGGCCAUUCGACUGCAGGAGCAGGACAUGGAGAAGUCUCGGCAGGUUCUGAGCACCUACGAGGUCCUCGGGGAGGAGUUUGACCGGCUGGUGAAGGAGUACACCCAACUCAAACAGGCAACCGAGAACAAGCGCUGGGCCCUCCAGGAGUUCAACAAGGCCUACCACUGAGGGUGGGGCACUGCUGCUUUCCCUCUCCGAUGACCGUGUGACUGACCUUCCCCUGGGGCCACUGCCCACACAGGGCUGGAGACUGCUUAAUGCACUGCAAUCGGUCAGACACUUCUGGGUUGUUUUUUCUUUACAACUGAGCCUUUUCCAGAAAACAUAGCAGAAUUACAUCGUUUUCUGUAACAGCUGUUUGUGACCAUCAGUUCUGUAUUGUUUUUGAUUAUCUUCUAAAUAAAGUGAUAGUAGUAUGUUGUAA